GAAAACAUUAUUAAAGAGAAACUCAGUUGAUGAGGAGCUCACAGAAGCCUGAACACCGAGGAAGACAAGCAGCAACAAUUUUUAGGGAAUAACAAAACAGCAAUGGAACUUGGGGUGUUUCUCAUCAUGAUUUUCUCAGUAAUAGGCAGCCUGUGCUCUGUAACAAGCACAACCACAGAUCCUAAUAUGACAACCACAACUGAGGCUCCUACUACAGCAACAACUGCAGCUCCUACUACAACAACCACAGAUCCUUCUACAACUACAAGUGCAGCUCCUACUACAACAACCACAGAUCUUUCUACAACCACAACUGAAGCUCCUACUCCAACAACCACACUUCCUGCUAUGACAACUACAACCACAGCUCCUACUACAACAACUGCAGCUCCUAGUACAACAACAAAUGCAGCUCCUAGUACAACAACAACUGCAGCUCCAAGUACAACAACAACUGCAGCUCCUAGUACAACAACAACUGCAGCUCCUAGUACAACAACCACCACAGCUCCUAGUACAACAACCACUGCAGCUCCUACAACGACAACAACUGCAGCUCCUACUACGACAACAACUGCAGAUCCUACGAUGACGAUAACUGCAGAUCCUAGUACAACAACAACUGCAGCUCCUACUACGACAACAACUGCAGAUCCAAGCACGACAACAACUGCAGCUCCUAGUACAACAACCAACACAGCUCCUAGUACAACAACCACUGCAGCUCCUACUACGACAACAACUGCAGCUCCUACUACGACAACAACUGCAGAUCCUAGUACAACAACAACUGCAGCUCCUAGUACAACAACUGCAGCUCCUACUACAACAACAACUGCAGAUCCUAGUACAACAACAACUGCAGCUCCUAGUACAACAACCACUGCAGCUCCUAGUACAACAACCACAGAUCCUUCUACAACCACAACUGUAGCUCCUACUCCAACAAACACACUUCCUGCUAUGACAACUACAACCACAGCUCCAACUACAACAACUGCAGCUCCUAGUACAACAACAAAUGCAGCUCCUAGUACAACAACAAAUGCAGCUCCUAGUACAACAACCACUGCAGCUCCUACUACGACAACAACUGCAGCUCCUACUACGACAACAACUGCAGAUCCUACUAUGACGACAACUGCAGAUCCUAGUACAACAACAACUGCAGCUCCUAGUACAACAACAACAACUGCAGCUCCUACUACGACAACAACUGCAGCUCCUAGUACAACAAACACUGCAGCUCCUAGUACAACAACCACCACAGCUCCUAGUACAACAACCACUGCAGCUCCUAGUACAACAACAACUGCAGCUCCUACUACGACAACAACUGCAGAUCCAAGCACGACGACAACUGCAGCUCCUAGUACAACAACCAACACAGCUCCUAGUACAACAACCACUGCAGCUCCUACUACGACAACAACUGCAGCUCCUACUACGACAACAACUGCAGCUCCUACUACGACAACAACUGCAGAUCCUAGUAUGACAACAACUGCAGCUCCUAGUACAACAACCACUGCAGCUCCUACUACGACAACCACUGCAGCUCCUACUACGACAACAACUGCAGCUCCUAGUACAACAACAACUGCAGCUCCUAGUACAACAACUGCAGCUCCUACUACGACAACAACUGCAGAUCCUAGUACAACAACAACUGCAGCUCCUAGUACAACAACCACUGCAGGUCCUAGUACAACAACAACCACAGAUCCUUCUACAACCACAACUGUAGCUCCUACUCCAACAAACACACUUCCUGCUAUGACAACUACAACCACAGCUCCUACUACAACAACUGCAGCUCCUAGUACAACAACAACUGCAGCUCCUACUACGACAACAACUGCAGCUCCAAGUACGACUGCAGCUCCUAGUACAACAACAACUGCAGCACCUACUACGACAACAACUGCAGCUCCUAGUACAGCAACAACUGCAGCUCCUAGUACAACAACCAGUGCAGCUCCUAGUACAUCAACAACUGCUUCUCCUACUACGACAACAACUGCAGCUCCUACUACGACAACAUUUGCAGCUCCUAGUACAACAACCACUGCAGCUCCUAGUACAACAACCACUGCUGCUCCUACUACAACAACCACUGCAACUCCUACUACGACAACAACUGCAGCUCCUAGUACAACAACAACUGCAGCUCCUACUACGACAACAACUGCAGCUCCUAGUACAACAACCACUGCAGCUCCUAGUACAACAACCACCACAGCUCCGAGUACAACAACCACUGCAGCUCCUAGUACAACAACCACUGCAGCUCCUACUACGACAACCACUGCAGCUCCUACUACGACAACAACUGCAGCUCCUAGUUCUACAACAACCACAGCUCCUAGUACAACCACCACUGCAGCUCCUAGUACUACAACAACUGCAGUUCCUAGUACAACAACUGCAGCUCCAAGUACAACAACUGCAGCUCCUACUACGACAACAAUUGCAGAUCCUAGUACAACAACAACUGCAGCUCCUACAACAACAACAACAGCACCUCCUAGUACAACAACUGCAGCUCCUAGUACAACAACAACUGCAUAUUUGAUCACGACAACCACACCUGCAGCUCCUACUACAACAACGACAGUUCCUUCUACAACAACCACAGUUCCUUCUACAACUACAACAACAGCUCCUGCUACAAUAACCACAACCCCAGCUCCUACUACAACAACUGCAUUUCCUAGUACAACAACAACUGCAGCUCCUAGUACGACAACAACUGCAGCUCCUAGUACAACAACAAACGCAGCUCCUAGUACGACAACAACUGCAGCUCCUGAAACGACAACCACUGCAGCUCCUACUACGACAACAACUGCAGCUCCUACUACGACAUCAACUGCAGCUCCUACAACAACAACAACUGCAGCUCCUAGCACAACAACUUCAGCUCCUAGUACAACAACAACUGCAGCUCCUAGUACAACAACCACCACAGCUCCUAGUACAACAACCACUGCAGCUCCUAGUACAACAACAACUGCAGCUCCUACUACGACAACAACUGUAGAUCCUAGUACGACAACAACUGCUGCUCCUACUACGACAACCACUGCAGAUCCUAGUACAACAACAACUGCAGCUCCUAGUACAACAACAACUACAGCUGCUACUACGACAACAACUGCAGCUCCAAGUACAACAACUGCAGCUCAGAGUACAACAACAACUGCAGCUCCUAGUACAACAACCACUGCAGCUCCUAGUAUGACAACAACUGCAGCUCCUACUACGACAGCAACUGCAGCUCCUAGUACAACAACAACUGCAGCUCCUAGUACAACAACCACUGCAGCUCCUACUACGACAACAACUGCAGCUCCUACUACGACAACAACUGCAGCUCCUAGUACAACAACAACUGCAGCUCCUAGUACAACAACCACUGCGGCUCCUACUACGACAACAACUUCAGCUCCUAGUACAACAACAACUGCAGCUCCUAGUACAACAACAGCAGCUCCGAGUACAACAACAACUGCAGCUCCUACUACGACAAUAACUGCAGCUCCUAGUGUAACAACAACUGCAGCUGCUAGUACAACAACCACUGCAGCUCCUACUACGACAACAACCGCAGCUCCCACUACGACAACAACUGCAGCUCCUAGUACAACAACAACUGCAGCUCCUAGUACAACAACCACUGCAGCUCCUAGUACAACAACCACUGCAGCUCCUAGUACAACAACCACUGCAGCUUCUACUACGACAACAACUGCAACUCCUACAACAACAACAACUGCAGCUCCUAGUACAACAACUUCACCUCCUAGUACAACAACCACUGCAGCUCCUAGUACAACAACAACUGCAGCUCCUACUACGACAACAACUGCAGCUCCUACUACGACAACAACUGCAGAUCCUAGUACGACACCAACUGCAGCUCCUAGUAUAACAACCACUGCAGCUCCUAGUACAACAACCACUACUGCUACUACUACGACAACCACUGCAGCUCCUAGUACGACAACCACUGCAGCUCCUAGUACAACAACAACUGCAGCUCCUAGUACGACAACCACUGCAGCUCCUGCUACGACAACCAGUGCAGCUCCUACUACGACAACAACUGCAGCUCCUACUACGACAACAACUGCAGCUCCUAGUACAACAACUGCUGCUCCUAGUACAACAACAACUGCAGCUCCUAGUACAACAACAACUACAGCUGCUACUACGACAACAACUGCAGCUGCAAGUACAACAACUGCAGCUCAGAGUACAACAACAACUGCAGCUCCUAGUACAACAACCACUGCAGCUCCUAGUACGACAACAACUGCAGCUCCUACUACGACAGCAACUGCAGCUCCUAGUACAACAACAACUGCAGCUCCUAGUACAACAACCACUGCAGCUCCUACUACGACAACAACUGCAGUUCCUACUACGACAACAACUGCAGCUCCUAGUACAACAACAAUCUCAGCUCCUAGUACAACAACCACUGCGGCUCCUACUACAACCACUGCAGCUCCUAGUACAACAACAACUGCAGCUCCUAGUACAACAACCACUGCAGCUCCUACUACGACAACAACUGCAGCUCCUACUACGACAACAACUGCAGCUCCUAGUACAACAACAAUCUCAGCUCCUAGUACAACAACCACUGCGGCUCCUACUACGACAACAACUGCAGCUCCUACUACGACAACAACUGCAGCUCCUAGUACAACAACAACUGCAGCUCCUAGUACAACCACCACUGCAGCUCCUAGUACAACCACUGCAGCUCCUAGUACAACAACAACUGCAGCUCCUACUACGACAACCACUGCAGCUCCUAGUACAACAACCACUGCAGCUCCUACUACGACAACAACUGCAGCUCCUACUACGACAACAACUGCAGCUCCUAGUACAACAACAAUCUCAUCUCCUAGUACAACAACCACUGCGGCUCCUACUACGACAACCACUGCAGCUCCUACUACGACAACAACUGCAGCUCCUACUACGACUACAACUGCAGCUCCUAGUACAACAACGACUGCAGCUCCUAGUACAACCACCACUGCAGCUCCUAGUACAACCACUGCAGCUCCUAGUACAACAACAACUGCAGCUCCUACUACGACAACAACUGCAGCUCCUAGUACAACAACCACUGCAGCUCCUACUACUACAACAACUGCAGCUCCUACUACGACAACAACUGCAGCUCCUACUACAACUGCAGCUCCUACUACGACAACAACUGCAGCUCCUAGUACAACAACAACUGCAGCUCCUAGUACUACAACAACUGCAGCUCCUAGUACAACAACCACUGCGGCUCCUAGUACAUCAACCACUGCAGCUCCUAGUACAACAACAACUGCAGCUCCUACUACGACAACAACUGCAGCUCCUAGUACAACAACAACUGCAGCUCCUAGUACAACAACCACUGCAGCUCCUACUACGACAACAACUGCAGCUCCUACUACGACAACAACUGCAGCUCCUAGUAUAACAACUGCAGCUCCUACUACGACAACAACCGCAGCUCCUACUACGACAACAACUGCAGCUCCUAGUACAACAACAACUGCAGCUCCCAGUACAACAACAACUGCAGCUCCUAGUACAACAACCACUGCAGCUCCUACUACGACAACAACUGUAGCUCCUACUACGACAACAACUGCAGCUCCUAGUACAACAACUGCAGCUCCUAGUACAACAACCACUGCGGCUCCUACUACGACAACAACUGCAGCUCCUAGUACUACAACAACUGCAGCUGCAAGUACAACAACCACUGCAGCUCCUAGUACAUCAACCACUGCAGCUCCUAGUACAACAACAACUGCAGCUCCUACUACGACAACAACUGCAGCUCCUAGUACAACAACAACUGCAGCUCCUAGUACAACAACCACUGCAGCUCCUACUACGACAACAACUGCAGCUCCUACUACGACAACAACUGCAGCUCCUAGUACAACAACAACUGCAGCUCCUAGUAUAACAACUGCAGCUCCUACUACGACAACAACCGCAGCUCCUACUACGACAACAACUGCAGCUCCUAGUACAACAACAACUGCAGCUCCCAGUACAACAACAACUGCAGCUCCUACUACGACAACAACUGUAGCUCCUACUACGACAACAACUGCAGCUCCUAGUACAACAACUGCAGCUCCUAGUACAACAAUAACUGCAGCUCCUACUACGACAAUAACUGCAGCUCCUAGUAUAACAACAACUGCAGCUCCUAGUACAACAACCACUGCAGCUCCUACUACGACAACAACCGCAGCUCCUACUACGACAACAACUGCAGCUCCAAGUACAACUACUACAGCUCCUAAUACAACAACUACUGCUCAUAAUACAACAACUACAGCUCCUAACACAACAACUACAGCUCCUAAUAGAACAACAAUAACUUUAGCUAAUUUCACAACCACUACUGAGCUACCAAAAACUACACAAAUUAGCACUCCAACUACAUCUGUCGGACAGUCAACCACGAAUACUGGGCUUAGUUUUAGGUUUGUACUGAGGGUGAAAUUUUCCAUGACAACUUUCCAAACCGAAUCUGAGAUCUUGAAUCAGCUUCGUGAGUAUCUGAUCAGACAAGGGCUGCCAUUGGACUCUACACUGCGAUUGACAUUCAUUCAGAGCUAGUUGACGGGGUGAAGAGGAGAAGGACACCGGAGAGAAAACACAGACAGAACAGAAUACAAAACUGAUCACUGAGAUAUUUUACACACAUAAUUUACAAUAGAUUAUCUUGCAGAUUACACUCUUACCCCAUGACCUACGGUAACUGGACCUAUUGUACUAGCAACUAAAUACCUACCGUACCUUCAGAAAGUUCCCUGGACUUUUCCCUCAUUUUGUUGUGUUACAAAGUGAGAAGAAAAAAUCUAACAUUUGUAAAACAUAUAUACAUGAUCAAUAAAACACUAAUAUAUCUUGAUUAGAUAAGUUUUCAUCCU